AUGGCUCGGUAUGGCAUGGUAGCUGCGGCGGGCAGCAAUGCAACACCAUUCCCAACUCGACAAAUGGCCGUACUUGCGUUAUGCCGGAUAUGCGAACCAAUCGCUUUCAUGUCGAUAUUUCCGUACGCCUACUUCAUGGUCGAAUCCUUCAUGACUGGACAAAGCACGGCUCAAAUCUCCAUGUACACCGGCAUGGUUACCUCCUCGUUCGCAUUCAUGGAAUGCAUCAGUGGCAUUUUCUGGGGCCGACUGAGUGAUCGGGUAGGACGGAAGAAGGUGCUCCUUGGGGGUCUUUUUGGUACGGGGCUGAGCAUGUUGCUCUUCGGCUUUUCCCAGAGCCUACCAAUGGCAUUGAUCGCGCGGGCUCUCGGGGGUUUGCUCAACGGGAACAUUGGAGUUUUGCAGACUACUGUUGCUGAGCUUGUCACUGAUGAGCGACACCAGCCGCGCGCUUAUUCCAUCAUGCCCUUUGUUUGGUGCCUUGGCACCAUUAUCGGCGGAGCGCUUGGCGGCUUGCUCGCUCGUCCCGCCAACGUAAUGCCGUUUUUCCAGGACACCAUCUUUGAGACGUAUCCGUUUCUUCUUCCAAACCUGGUUUGCACUUGCUUCGUUGUUCUUGGCCUCACCGUCGGCAUCUUAUUCUUGGAAGAGACUCACGAGGAUCGCAAGUACGACCAGGAUCGGGGACGCGAAGCCGGGCAAUGGCUUCUGCGUAAAUUUUGGAAGCGAGAGGCAGAGGCAACGUUUGACGACAAGGAUGCUUCGCUUGAUGAAAUGCGAUCGAUGCUGAGCGACCAUGACCACAACGUACAGGCCUACCGAAGCACCGACAGCUCGCCUACCCUAUGCAGCACACGAACCUCCAUUUCAGAAGUACCCGAAUUCGAAUUGGACAAGCAGCUUGCACCAGCACCAACUUUCCGACAAGCAUUUACGAAGCAAGUGAUUCUAAAUGUGGUUUGCUAUGGUAUCCUCGCUUUCCAUACAAUUUCUCUUGAACAACUUCUACCCAUCCUCAUGUCCAAGGAUGUACCGACCAAGGGUUCUCAGCACCUUCCGUUCCGCUUUGAGGGUGGUUUCGGCUGGUCAACCCAAACUACUGGAGCGUUCCUCGCUGCGCAAGGCUUCCUCCAAAUGUUUGCCCAAGUUAUCCUUUUCCCUUGGAUCAGCAAGAAGCUCGGCAGUCUUCGCACUUUCUGGAUUACUCUAGCCUGCUACCCGGUUCUCUACCUCCUUGCUCCUUACCUGGCCGUCCUUCCUGAAAGUCUGCGUAUUCCUGGACUUGCAGUUCUGCUGAUCGCCAAGGUCACUUUCCAAUCGCUCUCCUACCCGUCUCUGGCUAUCAUCCUUGCAAAUUCAUCCCCAUCCAAGAAGGUUCUCGGUACGCUCAACGGAGUUGCCAUGUCUUCUGCCAGCAUCUCUCGCGGCUUCGGUCCAACGGUAUCGGGCGCUGUAGACAGCUUGGGUACCUCUCUCCACAUGUCUGGCCUCGCAUGGUGGACAAUUGGCGCUGUUGCUCUCCUUGGGUGGCUCCCUGGAUUUGCUCUACAGGAGAGCAAGCGAUCAGCCUUGAUGGCACAAGAAGACGAGGAAUCUCUCAUCGACUCUGACGCCGAGUCUGUCAUUACCCUCACCCCGGACGAAAUUGAAAUCGUCCUUUCAAAAUAG